AUGUCUGACGAGUUCGCCGAGGAGGCGUCGAUAAUGAUGGAGAAUGCCGAACUUAACUUUGCGGCGGAACAUAACGGGCAUUAUGAACGUGGGCCAAGUAAGUUCAUGGUUAAAGUGUAGUAAAAGAAUCAAAAUUUGAAUUCGUUUGAUAGUUUUUUGAUUAUACAAAAUAUUUUAAUGGAUCGCUUUAGUGACGCCUCCAGAAGUUACCGAGCCGUCUACUUCGGUGUUAAAUGGUCCGCCAACAGAAGAAGAAGGUACAGAAACCUUCAUUGAGACAGAGUCUGCUGUGGUAGUGACAGAGAAGUCGGUACUCGAAAGUGAUGGAGAGAUAUCGUCGAACUCUGACAAAGAAUCCGUCAAGCUUUCCCCAAAGCCGAAGAAGCGAAAGCAUUCACAAACUAAUGGCGAGUACACUGGGAAGACCGAAAACGGGAACAAGUUUAAGCCGAGGUAAGCUUAUUCUCUUAUGUUAUUUUAGUUUUAGUGAUAAUCUACCGAUAAAAUCACGAUAUGAGCCAGUAAUUGAAACCGAGAACCGACUAUCUCAUCCUCUGGUCAAUGCAGUGAGCCACGUGAAGAACAUGCCUUAUCCGAUGGCUUUUGACUUUUUAUUGACCAUUCCCUUGGCAGAUGUUGCUCACCUGAAUUUAGAAGAAGCUUUAGAAGUGUUGGAUGCCAUGAAGCAAUUUAACGAUCGGCGGUUACAGACUAGUGAGAAUCGUGUUCAGCUAACGAAUGAAGUGAGACAAAUAUGUGAUCAGGAGAUUCAAUUACUGACUGACCUAGAACAUUUGAUGACACAGGAGGAACGUCUCAAGCUCGAACAACUACGGAACUGUCCGAUGAGUAUGGACGAAGUUCUACCUUUGAAAGUUGAGCUUGGUGGGUGUUUCGCUUCAUUUUAUUUUUUAAAAAUCAAUGAAACUACUAUUAUUUCUAUCAGUUUUUACAUUUAUUUUUUAGCUUUAAGUAAUAAACACGUUUUUUCAGAGCCAUCUGAUGUAAAUGUGCAGACAGGAUCGAUUAAACUGUCGGCGGUUGACCUGUUACCUCCGCCGGAUACACCGUUCAUUGGCAAAGUAGAUCCUAUUUGGGAGCCAUUAGCCAAACAUAUUCCGAUGGAGUUGAGAGGAUUCAUGCCACCUACCGAACAAAGAGUAUGUUUAUCUUCUACGCCUUUUACUGUUUUAACUGAAUCUAAAAACGGUUUUUUUUCAGAAUAAGAAACCAGAGAUCAUUCAUCCCUUACCUGGUAAUUCGGAGCCAGUUCCUAAUGUUGUACAACCUUCACACGAGCAUGUUCUUUCCAGUAAGCAGCAGCAAGCUGUGAAAUAUGACAAACCGCCACCAAAUUUGGAAGUACCACCUCCAAACUUAAGCCAACCACCUCCAUCAAUGCCUACUGUAAGUUGUGCAUUACAAUACCAGUUGUGUUAGUGUAAUAUUAAUAAAAUUAUUUUGCAAAAUUUCCUUAUACUUUCUGAUACCUUCAGGCCGUUCCGCCAGCAGUAGACACAUCCGUUCCUCCCCCUAGUUUGUAUAGGCCACCUCCAGAAGUCCCUUCUUCUAUACCAUCAACAAACUCAGGCGCUAUUUCACCAAUGUCAGCGUUAAGACAGAGUAUAAAGCCAUCUCUUCUGAAUACGCUUGUGAACACUUCUCUUCCGCCACCUAACCUGAACGUCCCCCCUCCAAAUCUUUCACUCCCACCUCCCAAUCUAAAUCUACCACCACCUAAUGUACAGGUUCCUCCUCCAUCCCACAACAUAAUCCAUUCUUUGAAUGUACCACUACCAGUUGUUGAUAUACCUAAAGUGGCCUCGUUAACAUCACAACCUCCACCUGUAGCAGCUGGCGGAAGCCCUAUUAACUUCACUGUCCCUCCACCGACCGUCAAACCACAAGGAGGGAAGAUAGUGCCGUUGAUGUCAAUCGCACAUCCGCCAGGCUUUGUGCCGAGGAUACAUCCAGGACAACAAGGGCGGAAACAGAAGAAGAAUAAACCUUCUUCAUCCUCAACUCCAACACAAGGAAUCUCUUCCCCUUCGGUAGCUGAAUCUCAAAAGCCCGAGAAAGUCGACUCGGACCCGGUAGCCCCAGCAGUUGCAGCAUCAGGAGUCAGCUUGCCUGAUACAAACAAGGAGUCUGAAACAGAAAACUCUGAAGUAGUUAUAAAAGGUCCUGAAACAGCAGUUACUGACAUUGCAGUUGUUAACGGAGACCAGGCAAACGCGGAAGCCGGGGAAUUGUAA